CAACGGGAUAAACAGAGCGAUUCUUAAAGAACACUCGUCAAAAGCGUAUUAGCAUAGAAGUUCUAUGUUUACAGUUCAUGCAGCGGGGUAGGCGCUUUAACCGUUGUAGCUUCACCCCCUUGUUGCCAACUCAUUUUGUUGAUCUCAGAGACUGGAAACGAAAGAAAAAAACGACACACGACAAGGAUAAUCCUGUUUUCUAGAUAUUGUGAUCUUAUAUGGAUGUUGAAACGUCUUUCGAGUGGAUAUAUUUGACGAGAGUUCUGUCAGAGGUACACGGACUAUCUUAAGACUAUAGCACGGGCGACAAACUUGUAGCAAAGGACGACAUCGUUUUGUCACAAUUUGUGGUUUGGUUGACAAUUCUUUAGUUCGUGAUUACAGUGACAUUGAGCAAACCGCAUGACUGUUGUUGGGAAAUCAUAUCAUUUAUGUUGAUUUAACCAUUAUUCGACAGCUGAGACCUAUGACUGGAAAAAUAUUGCACUUGUAAGGUUCAACGAAGUUCUUCAUCUACCCUAUGACUGAAAACAGAGCACGAUGUUGGCUAAGAAACUGUUGAAGAUUGUCCGAGAACCCUCUGCCGUUUCGCAGAAGAGCGGCGAAGGCCACGACUCGACCGGCGACGGCACCAUCUCCGAGACGAGUGUAGCUUCCAGCAGACCUAAUGCAUUCUCACGAAAAGGAUCAGUCUGGUCUCAGGUGGCCAAGAAACUUUCGACGCAGAAGGAAGCCCAGAAAGUCCUGGUACCCCGGGUCAGGUACGAGAACACCUUCCAACUCUCACCGGACGAAAAAUGCAAAUUUGACGCGACAAAGGUGCGCAGUUUCGUUGAGGAACUUCUGGCGAUGCGCCUGAAAACGGAGGAGUACAACCCCAGGACCGUAUCUACACUGACGAUAAACUUAUCUGAUGUCAUCAAGGCGCGAGUCAAGAAGAUGGGCUUCAAGAGGCAGAAGAUUGUCUGCCAUCUUGUUAUUGGCGAGAAGAACAGCCAAGACGUAAAUGUCUGCAGUCGGUGCGUCUGGGAUACGAGCACGGAUAAUUCAGCGACCGCCAGAUACUCAAACGCAUCACUUUUCGCUGUAGCGACGAUUUUUGCUGUGUAUUUUGAAUAAAACAUUUCAGGAAUAGACAUGUUACUGUUCUUAAGCCUCAAUGGAACAAUCAUGGAAAAACAAUCCUUCGUGCCCAUAGUUGGAAAACUGCUAAAUGAAACUCGGAAGAUUUAAAUGGGUUAUGAAAUGUAUACAUGAUGACAGAUUUGUCUACAACUCAUUUUAUAACGUGGUGGUGUUUUUUGUUUUACCUGACUGCUAAGAAAGCAUAAAUGCUUGUUAGUAAGCAACCAUAGGACCCCGACGGCUUUAGGUCCUCUCCGAGUACAAUGAUGUAAAUUUUGUAUAAUUUACGAUGCAUGGUCGAUAGAUGUCGACCGGAUGUGUUAUUUAUGGUUGAUCUUGCUUUCUUUUUUGUAAAUGUGUUAUAGACAGAAUCGAAUAUUCCAUAAUAUAUAUAUCUUAAAGGUAAUACAAAGUUUUGGUAUGGGGUCAUGAAUUUGGUUCAAAUGAACAUAUUGGAAGCAUAUGCGAUCCUACAA